AGAGGAAAGCUGCAAAGGUAGAACAUUAGAGUAUACGCGUUGUCAUAUUAGCGUCGCCAUUUCCGUUGCUUGCAUGGCGCUUUGCAUGUGACCUUUGCCUCUGUUGACUUAGCGAGUAUGCACAGAUUUGCUAUGAAGGGACAAUCUAUAGCUGCAAUCAUACAGCGUCAUGGGCGGCAAUGCCUCUCUUUAUCGCGCUCGCGCUCAUUAGCUAUAAAAGCGCAGGCGACACAGCCCUGCUUGGUGCUUAGUAACGAUGAUGGUGUUGAAAGCGUUGCUCUUCAGUCUCUGGCAAGCAGGCUACGCCAGGAUACAGGGCACAGAGUCGUGGUUGUUGCGCCGGCGCGCAACAAGAGCGCAGCGAGCAUGGGCCUAACGCUGCGUCAGGACAUGGAGUUGCGAGUGCGGUCCGACCUGGGGCCCGACACGUACGCGCUGACAGGCACCCCCACCGACUGCAUGAUGGUGGCACUGGACGCCACCCGGGGGCUCCUGCGCGCGCUGGAGCUGCACCCCCUGCUGGCGCUGUCGGGACCCAACUACGGACCCAACAUGGGGACCGAUGUGCUGCUCAGCGGUACGGUUGGCGCUGCUCGCACGGCGGGCCUGUACGGCGUGCCCGCCCUCGCCUCCAGCAGCACCAGCAUGGACAAGGAUUCGGCUCUGGAUAAUGCGGUGGAGGCGACCGCGAAGCUCACCACCCUAGCCCUGGCGGCGCUAGGCGGCCAGCCGGCUCGUAACUGGCCGCGCACUCACAUCCCCGGCGGCAUCGGCGCGGGCGGGCGGCGCCACUCGCUUUCGACGUGCGAGUACGAGUCGGCUCCGCAGCAGUGGGCCAUGGACGUGGAGGAGGUGCUGGUGGAGGCGUUUCGCGACGGCGACGUCUUCCUGAACCUCAACGUGCCCGCGGACUGGCAGCCGGGCCGGGGCAACGUGCAGACCACGGGCCUGGGUCUCAUGUUCUACCGCGACUCCUACGUGGUGCGAGUGCCCAACAAGCCUCCCGCAGCACUGGCAGCGGCCAGGGCCAGGGCGUCAGCAGCCACCGCGUCAGCUGUGGCGACGGCAACAACAGCAGCAGCGGCGGUGACUAGGGAGGAGCGGCAGUUCCUGUCGGUAACCGCAGCAGCCGGCGGCAGCGGUAACGGACACAGUUUGGGCUGCAGCAGCAACGGCGGCGGUGCGAGCUGCAGCGGCAGCAUCAGCCGGGGCGACGGCUGCUGCGCGGAGCCUGAUCAGGAGUCCUCCGCGGUGGUGGAGGACAUUGCGGAGGCGCUGGCUGCGGGACAGCCCAUCCUGUACAACAACGCGUACGACACGCGGCGCAUCCUGCCCGUGGACCGCAGCGACGUGAUGGCGCUGCAGCGGGGGGACCUCUCCAUCUCCACACUGCAGACGUGGCCCGAGGGCCACACGCUGUGCCUCAGCGACCGCGUGAUGUCCCGGGCGCUGCUCAGCGGACACGACGGCAUGCCGGCCUGGCUGCAUGGCCGCGGCUGAGGGGGGAAUAUCGGGCACCGAGCUACAAAAACGUGAUAGAGCCGAGUGUGUCGCAGCGUCUGUCAGGGAUUGCCCCAAGGCAGCACUGCACCCCCUUUGCUUGGAGUGCAGGCCAGGCCUCAGCCUGGUUUCUGGUCGAGGCUGCUGAGGGAUUCAUGUGCGUGCAGCGCGACGUGUCGUAGUCGAGCGAUUGGGUUACAGAAAGGUAACAUGCAAGCGUGCUGCGAGCUGGUGACUGAGCACUGGAGAGGGCCUCCAUGUUUAGAGGUGUGGAUGGCGCGUGCCCCUCGUGAGCUUACCUAUAACGUGUACUGGCCUAUCGUGAUACGGUAUGAUGUUUUGGGCGUGCGGAUGUUGCCGCUGGGAUGAUGUUACGUGGUUUUGCAGUGAUACACUGUGAUACAAUGACCUAUUAUAGCAUGACACAACAGGAACCUCAUUAUGGGUGUUAUAGAAGCAGUCUGUGUGGCAGCUCAGUACCGAUUGCGGGUUAGGAGUGAUCUGGGUUGUGGCCUAAGUCGAGUUUUAUUCCAAACCAGCCGCAUAACGGCACUGAUCACAGCAGCGGGGCUGGCGGCCGAUGUGUCAAGAGUGCAGCACACAACGGUGGCGGUUGGAGGAUGGUUGCUUUGUGAGGCUUCUACUCGUGCAGGGGUCUUCCAACAUUGUGGCCCCAUCUGAUGCAAUUGCACCCCGGUGUAUCUUUGCCCUAACCAACUGAUCACGAUUGCGAGCGGGCUGUGGCCGCUGGAGCGAUAUGGGUUUCCGUACGUAGCCUGCUGCAACGAAGUGAGUGCUGACUCUCCUCCUUUCCCC